AUGAAAGGAGCCCCUCACCACAUUCACCUGAGGGAAGGUGCCAUCCCCUAUGCGUGUCAUACACCUAUACCAGUUCCUAAGCAUUGGGAGGCCGAUGUUAAGGCUCAGCUCGACGAAGAUGUCAAAUUAGGAGUAAUUAGGGAGGUCCCUGCUGGUACAGAAGGACGUGCGCAGAGCAAGGCCGACUUCAUCGCCCUCUUCCAAGGGGAGAAAUGGAAGGCCAAGUACUUCGAGAAGAGCAACAAGCUGCAGAUGCUGCAGAGGGAACUACGCGCCAUCAGGCAGGACACGCAGAAGCUCAUGCAGGCGAAGGACGAGGAGAUAGCCGAGCUGAGGGCGGACAUCGAGAAGCUCACGGACACCAACCCCAAGAGGGAGAACUACGAGAACAAGAUAGCCAAGGCUCGGGUCGAGAACCUGCAGUUUCGGGUCGAGCAGGAGGAGGAGCGCAUCUGCAAGCAGAUCGCCCGGGUGGGCAGGGAGAUCCCGCAGGAGAUCAGGGUCCACGACGCCCUGACGGCCUUCCUGAAGGAGUGCUGCGCGAAAUUGGAGGCCAAGUCGGCCGAGUGGGACGAGACGUUCCAGGUGGACACCGACGCCAAGAAGGAAGAGGUCAGUGCCUGGAAGGCUGAAGUCCAGAGUAAGAAGAAGGAGCUGGAAGACCUGGAGAAGAAGUACCAGGAGUACUGGGUGGUCGUUAGCGUGUACGAGGCCGAGCAAGAGGUCGAGAGGUUGAAGAGAGAAGAGGCCGAGAGGGAAUUCAAGGCGGCUGCCAAAAUACAAGCGUGGUGGCGAGGGUACAUGGUUCGAAAAGGAAUGAGUUCGGGGCUCAGAAAGAAGAAGAAAUCGAAAAAAUGUGAAAUUCGUGUUCAUGAGUUGAAAAAAAAUGGAAAAAAAAUAUUUAUAUAUAAAAAAAACAUUCGAAAUAAAGUGAGACGAUCGAUGAUGAACUUAUCAUUACAUAUAUUAUCAAGCAUUCAGUGGUGUGAGACUGAGCAUAAAUUAAAGUGA